AUCGUAGGAAAGAUUGCUUGAAGAUUCCAACUCUGUCAAACAUCGAAUGAAGAAACAGAAAUGUACAGGGCCUCACUUGUCAAGGAAGUCUGUUCACUCGCCAGUAUCAGACGAGAACAAAAUCAGAGUCCCAAUGCAACUGGCAAGCGUAUUUCUCUUCGCCCUCGCAGCCUUGUCUCUGUAUUCGAGCGUGUUCUCUCUCGCCUGCUACGAUGACCCGUCGUCCGCAUCGUUCCCAAUAAUUCCAGUCUCUCUCAGAAAGUUUCGCAUGUCGGACGAGCAACUUCUGUUUCUGAGGACGGAUCAAAGCAAAUCGGACGGAUCGAGUGAAGAAGAGGAUGAAGGAGUGGACCCAACGCUGAGGAGUCUCUUGGCUGAGCCAUCUGAAUUCCAGAGCGACUCUUGUGCAAGUCGAGCCCAUCACCGACGACGACACAGACAGAGCCGCCACGAGCCGCAGCCGUCCCGAGAGCUCGUCCAGAAACUGCGAAACUAUGAGAUCCAACACCGUCGAUGCGCCGGCCGAGCGAUGGAUGAAUUUCUUCGACCGGAUGCAGACUUCGCAAGGCGAGGAAAUAGCUCUGAAGCGCGUAAUGGAUCGAGGGACGAAUGCCGGUACGUGGUGUGGAUCGCUUACAGCGGCAUGGGGAACAGACUCAUGACUCUCGUCUCCACUUUCUUAUACGCGCUGCUCACGAACCGAACUCUUCUGGUCGAUGGGAGCACGGACAUGGGCGAGCUGUUCUGCGAACCGAUUCCCCGGUCCUCGUGGCUCCUUCCGACAGAGAUCACGCGGGACUGGACUCGGACAUUGAACGAGUCUUCGCCGCGACGAUUCGGCCACAAAUUCAGCGUCUCCGACCACGCCUCACCGACAGCCACGGCCGAAUUCUCUUACGUCCAUCUGACGCAGACCUCCGACGACAAGGAUCAAGUGUUUUUCUGCGACCGAGGUCAAGAUCAGCUGGACUCGAAGCCGUGGCUGUUUCUGAGAUCGAAUGCUUACUUCGUGCCGGGACUGCUGUUCGUCUCGCAGUUCCGCGCGGAGCUUGAUUUGUUGUUCCGAGACAAGGAAGCGGUUUUUCAUCUGCUGGGCCGAUAUCUUCUGCACCCUUCUGAUGCCGUAUGGGGCUGGAUCACUCGAUUCCGCAAAGCUUACCUCGCGGACCACGAUCAUCAGGUCGGGAUCCAUGUCCGGACCUUCGGUGCCACCCCGCCGCCUACCGUCGCCGAGCAGAUCCAUCGAUGUGUCAGGAAUCACCAUCUGCUUCCCAGGGUGACGACGACGACGACGAAGAAGAACUUCUCCGGUCCGGAUCUCGCGAGAAUGUCGAGAAAUCUCGAGCCAGCGACCAUCUCGGUCCUGGUGACGUCUGGGCAGCAGUACUACUACGAAAAUCUCCGAGACCGAUUCCUCUCUGGACCUUCGGAAGGGGGAGAGAGCGUCUCCGUGCAUCGACUAAGCCUCGAGGCCUCGCAGAAGACUGACGCGUCGGGGCACGAUUCGAGAGCUUGGGCGGAGAUCUACCUUCUUUCGCUCAGCGAUGUGCUGGUCACGAGUGGCUGGUCGACAGUCGGGUACUGUGCCCAAGCACUGGCUGGCAUCAAACCCUGGAUUCUGCUCGACUCUGUCGAUGGUCGACCGGCCGAUCCCCCGUGCGUGCAGGCAAGAUCUGCAGAACCUUGUUUCCAGACUCCUCCGCAGGUCCACUGCUGUUUUGAGGAAGUACAAAAUCCCGCUGCUGCCUUGCCUUAUGUCCAGCCUUGCGAAGAUGUACCCUGGGGCAUCCAAUUGAUAACUCCCGCUCCCCCUUCCCGUCCUAUCUGACUCCUCGACAUCAUCCACUUCCCAUCUUGUAGCACAAACCUUGUCUUCUGUAAAUCAAAAUUAAAUUUCCGUUUCCACUGCACAUCCUUCAGCAUUCUCACAGAAUCUACUGGAUCACUCAUAGGGACGAGUCGAAGUAGCUUAGUAUACUUGAGUGGAAGGAAGGAAGGAUGGGAGUCAUGGAGAUCUGGAGCCUCUCUGGAACCCAAAAGCUCAGUCAGUUGUUUAGCAUUCAUAGGAGAAGAGCCAUUCCUGAGUAUAGACGAUCGAGAACAACUUCUUCGUAACUUCUGAAGUGAUCCUGCCAGCAGCAAAUCAGGAGUUCUCAUGAUUCGUAUAUGAGAUUCAUUUGUGGGCCUU